AUGGACAUCAAGGCUAAGCAGCAAUGGUCAGAGGAGGAAACGAACUGUCUUCUUACUGUUUGGUCUUCAGCUGAGAUCCAAAGAAAGUUUGUUGGAGCUACAAGGACAAAGCCAGCGUUUAAGGAGAUCCAGCGUAAGAUGGCAGCGGCUGGUUUCACGAGAAUGAUUGAACAGAUUUCCAACAAGCUGAAGAAACUGAAGAAGGAGUAAAGGGACCAGAAAAGGGACCCAAGACAGAGUUGUAGAGCUGGAGAGAGACGAAACCCUCAUUUUAAGAUCCUUGACUCCAUCCUCUGUGACAGACCAGCAAGCCAGCCAACCAAGGCCUCGAAGUCUGAAAUAGCAGAGGACAUAUUGGGGGUGAUAGUGGAUGAGGACGCUGCAGCACUACAGGCACCCUAUGUAACUGGUAAGUUUUAUUUUCAUUUGUUUCAUAAGGCCAAGUCUGACAUCUUUUUCAUCUAAACUGCUGGAAACUACAUUGUGCAUAGACCUUUUGUUUGUGUGUCCUUUUGUUUGUAGACAUGUCUGCCAUCAGCCUGAACAAUGACUCUGAGGACGCCAGGCCACCAAACUGCAGCUUGCACCAUCAAGCAGCAGCAGCAGCAGCAGCAGCAGCAGCAGCAGCAGCGUUGGAGCUCCAUGUGAUUCAGUUGAGACAAAAGCCUCACAACAUCUCUUUACAUACAUGUGUCAUUGUAAGUGCCGUAUUAUAAUCAGCAGGAAAGAGGAAGCGUGACACUGAACACUGAAGACCUGCUGGAGUAUCUGGCGCGGUCAGAUGAAAAGUUCCUGCAGCACAGUAAGGAGCUGAUUGAUGCUCUUCUGCAGAGGAUGGAUUCAUACACUGGCACGUUGCUUGGACUGAUGAGCCGCAUUGUCGCUGUGUUGGAGACCCAGUCCCAAAAAUAA